AUGGAGUCUGUUCCGGAUUUUACCAGCAUCAUCCACUCACCAUCAUUCACCUUCCUUGUCGGCCCACGACAUACAAAGCUGACAAUCCAGUCGGGACUCGCUCAGCAUGUCUCCAAACCACUCCAUAAUCUCAUGAACGGCCCGACGAGGGAAUCAAAACACCGAAUUGCCGUUCUGGAAGAAGAUGAUGUUGAAACCUUUGUCGCUUUCUGUGAGUAUGCAUAUACCGGCGAUUAUAAGGUGCCUCGUCCGGAGAUCCGAGAAGAUCACAGGGUUGGGGUAGUUGAGAGCUCGCCCAGUACCGCUACCUGGAGAGAGCAUUACCGGUCUGGUUCAAUCGCAUCGACUGUGCCACCCCCGGCUCCAUCGCCACCUCCGCAGUAUCGUCAUCGGGGACAAGGUGUGGCUCACCAGUCUGUGCCUGUGCCUGAGCCUGAGGCGCCAGCGUCGGUGUCGGUGUCUGAGCAUGCGCCCGCCGAGGUCAAGAGACCGGUCACUCCACCCUCUGCGCAAGAGCCUGAGGCCGAACUGGUUCCAGAGUCCGAAGCCCCAGUCUCUGCAGCGGAGUCAGAGGCAAAGCCAGAGACAUACCACGAAGCGGAGGCUGUACGAGUACCAGUCGAGGAAGUGCCGCCUGUUGAGGAUGAAUGGGCAGGUCCCACCGAAGAACCUGUGUCAUGGGAGUCAGAAGAACCCAAGGGUAACAAGAAGAAGGGAAAGAAAGGGAAGAAGGGCAAAAAACAAGAAGAGCUUGUCGAGGAAGAACUUCCCCCACCAACUGAACCUGUCAACCUUACGCCACCAUCAACACCACCCCCAGAAGUUGCUGUCGAGCGUCUCCCAGAGCCAGAAACAGAGCCCGUUGAAGAACUGGCUACAGCAGAGCCUACCCCGGCAGCAGAACCAGAACUGACUGAGUCAUGGGAACGACCGGCGGAAGAGCCCGCCCCUGCAGAAGAACUGCCUGCACCCGUGGAAGGGUCGAUGGAAGAUUCCUGGACUCAAGACAGAAGCAGCACCCAGACACAGCGCCCAAGACCAAUGCUCGACAUGUCCUUCGCCCAACAUCAAGUCACCUCACCCUGCGAGCCGGGCCUCAGCCUAUGGGAAGAGUUCACAUCCUUACAAUACAAUGAUGAGCCGGUAACCAAGCCCAGCCCAGUCGAGACGUCAAGUACCGACCUACCUUACAUCACAUUCCAUGCGAAAGUCUACGUCUUCGCCACCCGGUACCUCAUCCCCGCUCUCGCCCAGCUUUGUCUUCGAAAGCUACAUCGCGACCUUCUCAUCCUCUCAUCGGUGGACUUUGAAACUGCCGAUCAAGACGAUUCCCAAGUUCUAGACGGCUUGGCAGCCACCAAGGCGCAGAUGAUACUGGAGCUGGUACACUACGCCUACACCAAGACAGCCCGACUUGAGCCGAUCUCGCCGACAUCCGCGACACAGCUUCGGGAGAACGAGUUACGCCGACUGGUGGUGCACUAUGCGGCGUGCAACGUGAAGGAAUUGGCACGGUAUCAUUCGGCCGAUGAUUCUGUCUCGGCAACGCCGUCAUUACGGCCUGUGGAUGCAAAGGUGGAUCGGGUUGAGACGUCCACUUCUCCGAAGAGUCUUCGUGCUUUGUUGGACUUGACGACCGAGCUGGCCUCUGAUCUUGUCUACCGCAUGAUGUGA